CCUCAAGGAAGCUUCGCCAAGAUGGGUUAGGUGACAAAAUCACAAUCCACCAAAUACCCCGAUUCUGUAUCCUACUACUAAUGGUGUUAAAUACAUACGUAUCGCUAAUCAAUCCCUCCCUCGUCAGAUGGCAUGUAUUAGUAAUUUAUGGGUAUGCAAGCUAGCGAUCUUGAUAUCGUGCCUUAUGGUUUGAGAGUUAAAGAGACAACACUGUUCCCUCUGCAUGUGCUCUCUGCUCCUCCUGUAAUUUUCCCUUCCAGAUUCUCUCUCAUCUUCCCUCUUAUCAGACAGUUCUGCCCCAUAUAUAUAUACUCUCCCUUUCACUCUCUCAAAGGUCAAGUCUCGUAGAUGGUUUUAUAGAAAAAGAAGAGUUGCAAAACAAACGCAAAAACAAGAUCUUGAUUAUUUCCUUCAUGUCUCAAACGCUAGGACCAAACAUGCCUGAAACAACUCCUUCCCCCUCUAUCUGGGCACUUUCUCACAUGAAACUCCGAUUCUUUGCUCGUGUCAGGCGGUUCUUGCAAACCAAAACGAUACAGAGGAAUAUUAAAUCAAGAAAUAAAGCUAUGGUCAGUAAAGAAGAGCAAGUAACCACUGCGGAUAAACGAAGUGGUGAUGAUGAUGAUGAUGAUUCUGUGGUGCUACAAAGAUCAGUGAAGAGACUUCACUUUGGAGGCUUGGAAGAGAAGGAGAUGGCAGCUAUUGAGAUUGAAAGAUUAGCUAGAGAAGAUGUUAAGAUGAGAAAGAUGAUGGCUGAGCUUGGUGUUAUUCCUGCCUUGGUGGGGAUGGUGGCUUCGGAACUAGCUGGCCGUCGGAGAGUGGCUAUUAAGGCCUUGAUUGAGCUUGCUAAUGGAACUUACACGAACAAGGCUCUCAUGGUAGAAGCAGGGAUUUUCUCAAAACUACCAGUUAACAUAGAUGUUUUAGAAGAACCAACAAGACAUGAAUUUGCAGAAUUGAUCCUGUCAUUAUCUUCCCUGGCAAAUCAUACCCAAUUUCCUCUUGCUUCAUCAGAAGUUUUGCCGUUUCUGAUUGGAAUUCUCGAGUCAGGCUCAAGCUGUGAAACCAAGGAGUCGUGUUUGGGUACUCUAUACAACCUGUCGGCUGUGUUGGAUAAUACAGGAGCUUUGCUCUCUAAUGGGGUAGUUCAAACUCUCUUGAGGUUAAUAUCAGUAAAAGCACUCUCCGAGAAAGCCCUUGCAACACUAGGGCAUUUAGUGGUGACCUUAAUGGGGAAGAAAGCAAUGGAAAAUAGUUCACUUGUGCCAGAGAGCUUGAUAGAGAUAAUGACAUGGGAGGAUAAACCAAAAUGUCAGGAAUUAUCAGCUUAUAUUUUGAUGAUUCUAGCUCAUCAAAGCUCAGCUCAACGCGAAAAAAUGGCUAAAUCUGGCAUUGUCCCUGCACUUCUUGAAUUGGCGUUACUGGGGAGUCCUCUAGCUCAAAAGAGAGCACUAAAACUAUUGCAAUGGUUCAAAGAUGAGAGGCAAACAAGGAUGGGGCCACAUUCUGGGCCUCAAACAGCAAGGAUCGCAAUAGGGUCACCUGUAAAUCAUAGGGAAGCUCAAGAAGGAAAGAAAUUGAUGAAGGAUUUGGUGAAGCAAAGUUUACAUAAGAAUAUGGAGUUGAUAACUCGGCGAGCCAAUGCUACUUCAGGGCACUCUUCCAUGCUCAAGUCCUUGGUUAUCAGCACAAGUUCUAAAAGCCUGCCCUGCUAAAGAUUUUACAGGCCCUUUAGCAAUUUCCAGGCGGCUCUUAAGAUCCCAGUUCUCAUUUUUGUUGAUUAUUGAAAACAGAUCAAGGGAUUGUGACCCUUAAUUACCACAUAAAUGCUUUUGUGUGCAGUGUAGCUGAUGAUAAUUGUACAUGGCGGAACUAAAAAAAACUGCAGUCUCCAGAUGGGGUCUCAUUCCCAUUCUUUCCAAGAAUAUCAAUUUCAAUUCUUGCA